GCUAUAUACAGCAUGCACGAUAUGCAAGGCACUGCCUGACGUGUUCGCGUUGUUGCCAUCACGUUAGUAAUAAAAAAAAAAUCCCCAUAGUGAAUAUGUUUACAUGUAUAAACCACUGCCGUACUAUGGAGUGAUAUGUUACUGAUGGUUGGCGAAACAAGACCUCAAAAUCCCCUAAUUUGGAACGGUUUUUCGUCAAGGAAUUGCACUGGGACCGGUAGAGGAGCAACUUGGGACGUCGUGGCGACGAGCAAGGGGGGUUCUGGUGGUGCUGGAUCCGGCAUUUUCUCGGGUGGAAACGGUUUUGUUUUGUGUUGGUGUGGGGAGCGCCGAUUCUUUUCACUGUUGUUGCAGUGAGACGACGAGAGCGAGCGAGACGGACAGCCCGUCCGUGUGUGUGUACACCGUGUUGGCUUGGCUCGAAAAAGCCAUUGCGAGAGAAUUUUUAAUAUACACACCCGGUGAAUAACAAAUACUAUAAUAUAACACAAAAAGACACACAAGAGUUGAUGUUGUGAUGGGGUGUUUCGGAAAUGGGAUGUCUAGUGAAGAGAUCGACGAGGAAAGAAGGAGGAAAGAUGCAAAUAAGAAGAUUGAGAAGCAACUCCAAAAGGACAAACAAAUCUACCGUGCAACACAUCGGUUACUUCUGCUGGGUGCGGGUGAGUCAGGAAAAAGUACCAUUGUCAAACAGAUGAGGAUUCUUCACGUUGAUGGGUUUUCACCAGAAGAAAGGAGGAAGAAAAUAGAAGAUAUAAGAAGGAAUAUCAGAGAUGCAAUCUUGACAAUAACAGGGGCAAUGAGCACCUUAACACCGCCCAUUCAACUAGCAGAACCACAGAACCAAUUCAGACUGGAUUAUAUUCAAGAUGUCUCCAGCUCGCCGGAUUUUGAUUAUCCUGAGGAAUUUUGGGAGCAUACGAAAAGAUUAUGGCAAGAUGGAGGUGUACAGGCGUGUUACGACCGAUCACACGAAUAUCAACUUAUAGAUAGUGCACAAUAG